AUGGUUUCCGCCUCCAAGGAGAAGAGACUCGCAAAGAAGGCCGCCGAUGGUGGCGGCAAGAAGACGGUCGCUUCGCGGUCCAAGGCCGGUUCCAAGACCGCUAGCACUGCGACCUCCUCGGUGAACGGCGACGAGGUCGACGCCGACGCCAACGCGAUUGUCAACGACCCCGAUGAGGUGAAGCGGUUGGCUGCACAGAUGGACAAGCACGGCCUGUCGGACCGCGUGACGACGGGUGUGCUGGCUUCGACGUCUACCAGCCGUGACGUCAAGAUCACGAGCACCAGUCUGGUGUUCCACGGCCGCGUCCUCAUCACAGACUCGACGCUCGAGCUCACAUACGGCAGACGCUACGGCCUGCUGGGCGAGAACGGCUGCGGCAAGUCUACGCUGAUGAAGGCCAUUGACGCGCGCGAGUUCCCCAUCCCCGAGUUUGUCGACAUCUACCUGCUCAACGAAGGCGCGCCGCCGAGCGAGCUGGGCGCCCUCGAGUGGGUCGUCAAGGAGGCCGAGAACGAGCUGGAGCGUCUCGACAAGCUGGCCGAGAAGCUGCUGGAGGAUGAGGGCCCCGAGAGCCCGGUGCUGCUGGAUCUGUACGAUCAUAUGGAGAAGAUGGACCCCUCGACAUUCGGCACGCGUGCCUCGCUCAUUCUGACGGGCCUGGGCUUCAACAAGCAGACGAUCAACAAGAAGACCAAGGACAUGUCCGGUGGUUGGCGGAUGCGCGUGGCGCUGGCCAAGGCGCUGUUCGUCAAGCCGUCGCUGCUGCUGCUGGACGACCCGACGGCCCAUUUGGACCUGGAGGCCUGUGUGUGGCUGGAGGAGUACCUGAAGAAGUGGGAGCGCACGCUGGUGCUGGUGUCGCACUCGCAGGACUUCCUCAACGGCGUGUGCACGACCAUGAUUGACAUGCGCGAGAAGAAGCUGAUGUACUUUGGUGGCAACUACGACUCGUACGUGAAGACGCGGACGGAGCAGGAGACCAACCAGAUGAAAGCCUACACGAAGCAGCAGGAGGAGAUUGUGCACAUCAAGAAGUUCAUUGCCAGCGCCGGUACCUACGCCAACCUGGUGCGCCAGGCCAAGUCGCGGCAGAAGAUUCUCGACAAGAUGGAGGCCGACGGCUUCAUCCAGCCCGUGGUGCAGGACCGCGUGUUCACGUUCCGCUUCGCCGACGUCGAGAAGCUGCCGCCGCCGGUGCUGUCGUUUGACAACGUCACGUUCUCGUACUCGGGCGACCCCAAGGACGACCUGUACCGCAACAUUGACCUGGGCUUCGACAUGGACUCGCGCACGGCCCUGGUGGGCCCCAACGGCGUGGGCAAGUCGACGCUGCUGCGCCUGAUGACGGGCGCGCUGAGCCCGACGGAGGGGUCGGUGUCGCGGCACACGCACCUCAAGCUCGGCCUGUAUUCGCAGCACUCGGCCGAGCAGCUCGACAUGACCAAGUCGGCGCUCGACUUUGUGCGCGAGAAGUACCGCGAGAAGUCGCAGGACUACCAGUACUGGCGCCAGCAGCUGGGCAAGUACGGCCUGUCGGGCGAGGCGCAGACGGCGCUGAUCGGCACCCUGUCCGAGGGCCAGAAGAGCCGCAUCGUGUUCGCGCUGCUGGCCAUUGAGGGCCCCAACAUGCUGCUGCUGGACGAGCCGACCAACGGCCUCGACAUCCCGACCAUUGACAGUCUCGCCGAAGCCAUCAACGCCUUCACGGGCGGUGUGAUUGUCGUCAGCCACGAUUUCCGUCUGCUGGACAAGAUUGCCAAGCAGAUCCUGGUGUGCGAGAACCGGACCAUCCGGACAUGGGACGGCAGCAUCUCGGAGUACAAGAACUACCUGCGGAAAAAGAUGAUCAGCGCCGGUGCUGUGUAA